AUGAGAAAAUAUUACCAAAAAAUUUAAUUAUUUUAAUUAAAUUUAAAAAAAAAGAAGAUGUUUUAAGCAAUUAAAAUAAUUCUUUGCAACUUUUUAAUUAAAAAAGUAGUAAUAUAUCGUUUAAUGAAACAAAAGCAAUAUUCUUUGAAUAUUACAAACAAAUACAGUUAUCAAUUGAUAUGGAUUUAAAAAAACAAAACAAAAUCCAAAUAAAAAAAUAAUAUUUUUAAAUUAAUUUUCAUAUAAAUUAGUAGAAAAACAAAUAUAAUGAGAAAAGCUUAACAAAGAAUAAUUUAUUUAUAAAAUGAGAUAAAUUAAAAUUAAUAUUUUAAAAUGAUUUGA